AUGGAUUUUGAGCAAGCUGCCUGGUUAGCAGUAAGACAGGUAUUUCCUGGUGCCACAGUGAAAGGUUGUGUCUUCCAUUUUACACAGGCUGUGUGGCGCAAGGUCCAAGAAGUGGGACUGAAGCCAGCAUACUCUCGCCGGGCUACCAUCCACAACUACAUCCGUCAGUUUCUGGGACUUCCAUUUCUUCCAUACACCCAUAUUGAGCCAGCAUUCCAAGAAUUGUCAUCAAGAGCAAACAGUGAACCUAUACAUGACCUCAUCUCCUAUAUGGAACAUCAGUGGAUGAACCACCCAAUCUUCACCAUUGAGUCAUGGUCUGUGUAUGGUCUUACCAUUCGCACCAACAACAAUUGUGAAGGGUGGCACAACAAAUUGAACCAAAAGGCUGGGGGCUUGAGCUUGUCAUUUUACAGACUGGUGCCUGUCUUACAGUGUGAGGCUGAAGAAGUGUCAUAUGAGUUGCGUCACCUUAGAGAUGGUAUUUCUACGCGUCGUGUUCGUCCAGCAGCACGCAAGAUUGAGGAAAAGAUAAGGGAGCUUUGGAAGAACUAUUCUGCAGGGAAUAUUCAGACCAGUGAAUUGCUUGAAGGCUGUGCCUCGGCAUAUGGUCCUCAGUGUGAAGAAUAA